AUGAUUACUAUGCUUCUUCUUUUUCUUGCUGGACUCCCUGCAGUCCUCGCCCUCGUAGGAGGUCAUUGCCCGCCAGCAGGGCCGGUUCUACCACCGCCAGAACUAUCUGCAGGACUCAACCUGUCGAAACUCGAUUCUCAGCUCGACAAUAUCGUGAAAGGCGCUUUUAGAUCCUUCAAUGCUACGGAAAACUCAUUCUCUAUAUUACUUACCUCCAGAAAUGCCACUGUCUACCAGUACCAUCACACGGCUGCCGUCCGGGACCCGUCGGGCGUCAAGAAGGUGGAUGGCGAUACGGUGUAUCGGCUUUGUAGUGUUACGAAAUUGUUCAAUGUGUUGACGGUGUUGUUGAAUGCGGGGGAUCUUUUGGAUACUUCCAUUACCAAGUAUGUUCCCGAAUUGGCGGGAGUCCAGGUGUACGAGGGUAUUACGUUGAGAAUGCUGAGCAGUCAGGUGUCUGGGUUGCCGAGAAGCGGUGAUGCAUUUGACUUGGCCACUACUGACGCCAAGAGCUGGGAAGACGCCGGCUUUCCGGUCCCUUCCAAGGGGGAUAUGCCACCGUGCGACGUGAUCGGAGGAGAAGUGUGUAGUCGUGCUCGUAUGGGUGCCACCGUCCAAGCCUUGCCAACAUUUUUGCUGACUUUGAGAACAGAGUUUUUUGAGAAUCUCAAGAACAACCAGUUGAUUUGGCUGCCCGGGGCCAAGACGGCGUAUUCGAACCAGGCCUACACCCUUUUGGGGAUGGCUAUGCAGAAUAUAACGGGAAAGACGUUCGCUCAGCUCCUACAAGACAGCGUCACAAAGCCUCUUGACAUGCCGCUGACUGGGUUUACCACACCUGAUUACUCACGGGGAAUCAUUCCUAAUGGGGCAGGCAAAAUCCUUUGGGACCAGGACAUGGGGAAUUACAAUGCGACCGCCGGCCUUUUCUCGACUCCAAACGAACUGGGAAAGUUUGUCCGCGGCAUCAUGAACCACAAGCUUCUGUCUGCCGCGAACACAAGACAGUGGAUGCGCCCAGCUAGCUUCGCUGGCUCAUUCUCCAUGUCUGUUGGCGCGCCAUGGGAAAUCUUCCGCGUUGCUCAUCUCACACCUGAUCAGCGACCCAUCGACAUCUACACCAAGUCGGGUAGCAUGCCUGGCUGGGCGGCAUACCUAUUUUUCCUACCCGACUACAAUGUCGGGGGCGCCAUUGCUGUUUCUGGAGAUGAUGGAGAUGCGGCUAGUUUGGCGUUGCUUGACAUCGUUGCCGCCACAGUCGUUCCGGCCGUCGACUCUCUGGCAAGAGGGCAAGCCAAAGCAGCCUACACGGGACAAUACGGUGCAUCGUCCGGCGACAAUAAACGCAUGAGUGGAGCAGCUCAUCUAGAGCUAGUUAUUGACCAAGGGCCAGGAUUGAAGGUCAAGUCGUGGUUCAACAAGGGAAAGUCAAUAAUCAAGGCCAUCGCGGACCACAAGGGAGUCAAGCCGCAGGAGAUGGAUCUUCGACUUUAUCCGGUCGGUGAGAAUAAUAGAUGGCAACUGAGCGUUGAGACUCUGGAGCGACGGGUUGACGUAGCUAGGAAGCCUAGUGACGCUUGUCUGAACUGGUUUCAAACCGAUUCCAUGCGCUGGGCGACGCUGCCCGUUGAUGAGUUUGACUUUGAGGUUACCAAUGGACGGGUAGUUGCGGUUCGGAACCUGGGUUUGAGAGCAAAUCUCAGCAAGAUCGACUAG